AUGGGGAAGUCGGAGCCGGAGUGCGUCAACUCGUCGAACCCGGCCCACGAGUGCAACGACUACUGCCUCAACAAGAUCGCCGAGGCCAAGCGCCGCCUCCUCGAAGAGCUCCCCGACUCGUGGAAGGGCCCCCCGGAGGACCGCACCGUGCACCCUGACUGCAUCAACGCCUCCAACCCCUAUCAUGGCUGCUCCGAGUACUGCUUUAAGAAGAUUGCCGACGCCAACGCAGCCGCGGAGCGCGGGGAGUCAGAGAAGCCUGCUGGAGGUUCUGGCAAAUCAGGAGUCGCUCCAGAGCAGGCUGAUGGUGAUGACGAUUCUGGGCGGCAGGAGGACGCUGCCGCCGCGGAUGAAGGUUACCCGCAGAUGACAGAAAAGCAGAAGAAGUUGUUUGAGCUGCAGCUUAAGAUGGUAACGAAGCUAGGAAGGCGAAUCAGCAGGCGAUGGUUGCGGAGAAGAAGAGGAUGGAGCCUCGUGGCGAGAGCAGAGGCGUAUCUAAGGAGAAGUGGUUGGAAGACAGGAAAAAGAAGAUUGGGAAGCUGCUUGAUUCGAAUGGCCUGGAUAUGUCAAAGUCUUACAUGCUGGAUACACAGGAUAUGGCAGAAGCAAAAUACAAGAAGUGGGAGAAGGAACCUGCACCACAUGGCUGGGAUGGUUUUCAACCAGAAAACCUUGUAUGAUGCAUACAAGAAGAGGACCAAAAACAUAGAAGUCGACAUGGAUGCAUACAAUAGAGCGAAAGAAACCGAUCCUGAAUUCUACCGUGAGGCUUCAAGUCUUCAAUAUGGGAAGGUGUCUAGGGUGGCGGAACCAAACAUCGACAGAAUGGUCAAUGAGCUCAAGGAGCGGGACGAGAAGCGGAAGGCGUUCAGCAGGAGGCGCAAGUUCAACGAAGACAAGGACGUUGACUCGAUCAACGACCGGAAUGAGCACUUCAACAAGAAGAUCGAGAGGGCCUUUGGCAAAUACACGCUCGAGAUCAAGAACAACUUGGAAAGAGGGACCGCCUUGCCAGACUAA